AUGGAAAUAACCAAGAGUGGCCAUCGACGUGGCGACACUCUUCUUGGUAAAGCCCGCGACGUUGGAAGCUAUCAUGGAGAGCGCAAUCGCGACCGUGCAUGGGUACGCCCAAAAUAUCAGGAACCCGAAGAUUCUACUGCCGUUGUUGGGACCAAACUGGACCAGAAGAGCUCCCGUGAGACUUUAUGCGAUGUCAGUAUCGAAACACUUUCUCACGUAGGGGCAGAGAUGCACGAACCUCACUGUGCAUAUGGUAGCACACGUAAUGCAACGAAUGUUCUUAUAACGAGAGCAGAGAUAAGUUGCAGUGAUUCCGAAGAGACCGUGGAUGCCACCGAGAGCGAUGGUGAAGAGAUUCGCCUGGAAGACAUUGAAGCCAAGACCCACGAGAACAAUGUGAGUGAACUGUAA